AUGGAUGACUUCACCAAUUAUUUGUUUCCUGUACAGCAAGAUGAUCCGCUGCUUUUUCAGUACUCUCCAAUCCCAUCCAUUUCUUUCUACCAUAAAGACCCCACAAUCCAUCGUCAAGAUCUGGUAAAUCAGGGUGCAUCUUCACUUGUUUCACCUCAACUGAAUACUGGGGAGAACAGGAAUAGCACGGCCAGGAAAAGGCAGCAAAAGCCAUCACCAGCUGUUCAAGCUGAUAAUCAUGAUUGUGGGAAGAACCCUGAUGACAGGAAGCAGAAAAGAACCUUUCACAGAGAUAUGGAGCGUCAAAGGAGGCAAGAAAUGGCUAAUCUUUAUGCUUCUCUGAGAAAUCUACUGCCUCUUGAAUACACAAAGGGGAAGCGUUCGAUAACAGAUCAUGUUCAUGUGGCAGAGAACUAUAUAAAACAGGUCGAGAAGAAUAUUAGAAAAUUGGAAGUUAAGAGGGAUAAGCUGAGAAACUUAACAGGCGGUUCAAGCCAUGUGCACGUCAAAAAUGUAGAGGGAAAAAACUCUUUUUCUAUUAACUUUACUGUCAGGCCAUGCUCGGCUGGUGGAAUUGAGAUUUUAAUGAAGAAAUACGUGGCCGAUACCAAUUUAUUUCCACUUUCAAGGAUACUGGAUGUGCUGCUUGACGAAGGCCUUACUGUUGUUAGCUGUGUCUGCACCAGAGUCAAUGAAGAAUUUAUUUACACAAUCCAAACUGAGGCCAGUCAUAUGAGAGAUGUUGAUCCAUUGUCUUUGCAAGAAAAGCUGACUGAAAAAGUCAUGACCUGGAAAAAGUUCGAGCCCUAA